GCACUUUGACCCACAUGAUGCAGCGGCAAACAUGGCUGCUCGCGACGAUGCUACGACGCUAGCCAAAAUGUCCUAAAAACGAAAUUUAACAAAUAAUUGUUUUAUAGAACUGCCCCUAUUAAAUAUUUCAACGUUAUCUAAAUGAAUGCGUGAAGACAAGUGGAUGAGCCACAAUGACGUCCAUUAUCAAGCUGACAGCUUUGUCAGGAGUUCAGGAGGAGUCUGCCCUCUGCUACCUUCUUCAGGUGGACGAAUUCCGCAUCCUUUUGGACUGUGGCUGGGACGAAAACUUCUCAAUGGACAUCAUCGAUGCCAUAAAGCGGCAUGUUCAUCAGAUUGACGCCGUGCUUCUCUCCCAUCCUGAUCCUAUACACCUUGGAGCUUUGCCUUAUGCUGUGGGGAAAUUGGGUUUGAAUUGUACCAUAUAUGCAACGAUACCGGUCUAUAAGAUGGGUCAAAUGUUCAUGUAUGAUCUUUAUCAGUCCAGAAACAACAGUGAAGAUUUCACUCUGUUCACCCUUGAUGACGUUGACAGUGCUUUUGAUAAAAUUCAGCAGUUGAAGCAUUCACAAAUUGUCAAUCUAAAAGGAAAAGGACACGGACUUUCAAUUAAACCACUUCCUGCCGGUCACAUGAUUGGUGGGACUAUUUGGAAGAUUGUGAAAGAUGGGGAGGAGGAGAUUGUUUAUGCUGUGGACUUCAACCACAAGAGAGAAAUCCACCUGAAUGGCUGCACGAUGGAGAGCAUCAGCCGACCUUCCUUGCUGAUUACCGACUCCUUCAACGCAGCAUAUGUACAACCGCGCCGCAAACAAAGAGAUGAACAGCUACUCACCAAUAUAAUGGAGACACUCCGUGGGGAUGGUAACGUGCUUAUCGCCGUGGAUACAGCUGGGCGGGUGUUGGAGCUGGCUCAGCUCCUGGAUCAGAUUUGGAGGACAAAAGAUGCCGGGCUCGGAGCUUACCCGCUCGCCCUGCUUAACAAUGUCAGCUACAAUGUUGUGGAGUUCUCAAAGUCCCAGGUGGAGUGGCUGAGCGACAAGCUCAUGAAGUGUUUCGAUGACAAGAGAAACAACCCCUUCCAGUUCCGCCAUUUGACCCUCUGCCACAGUUUGGCUGACCUGGCUCGGGUUCCCAACCCUAAAGUGGUGCUGUGCAGCCAGCCGGACCUCGAGUCUGGCUUUUCACGAGAACUCUUUAUCAAGUGGUGCCAAGACAGCAAGCACUCAGUCAUCCUGACUUACCGCACCACUCCUGGAACACUGGCCCGCUACCUCAUUGACCACCCGGGAGAAAAGAUGCUGGACCUGGAAGUGAGAAAAAGAGUAAAGCUUGAAGGCAAGGAGCUGGAAGAAUACCUUGAAAAUGACAAAAUAAAGAAAGAAGCGGCAAAGAAACUGGAACAAGCAAAAGAGGUAGAUGUGGACUCCAGCGAUGAGAGUGACUUGGACGACGACCUCGAUCAGCCAGCUGUGAUGAAAACCAAACACCACGACUUGAUGAUGAAGGGCGAGGGGAACCGUAAAGGAAGUUUCUUCAAACAAGCCAAGAAGUCCUACCCUAUGUUCCCAACACAUGAAGAAAGGAUCAAAUGGGACGAGUACGGAGAGAUCAUCAGGAUUGAAGAUUUUCUGGUUCCUGAGCUGCAAGCUACGGAAGAAGAGAAAAGCAAACUAGAAUCCGGCUUGACCAACGGUGAUGAGCCAAUGGACCAGGACCUCUCUGUUGUUCCCACCAAAUGUGUUUCUAGUAUUGAGAAUCUUGAAAUCAAAGCCCGAAUAACAUACAUAGAUUACGAAGGUCGCUCAGACGGCGAUUCCAUCAAGAAGAUCAUCAACCAGAUGAAGCCCAGGCAGCUGGUGAUUGUCCACGGGCCUCCGGAGGCCAGUCUGGACCUGGCUGAGUCCUGCAAGGCUUUCAGCAAGGAUCUCAAAGUUUAUACACCCAAACUGCAGGAGACUGUGGAUGCCACCAGCGAGACGCACAUCUAUCAGGUGCGGUUGAAAGACUUCCUGGUGAGCUCACUGCAGUUCUGCAAGGCCAAAGACACCGAGUUGGCGUGGAUCGACGGCGUGCUGGACAUGCGCGUGGUAAAGGUUGACACGGGCGUGAUGCUGGAGGAGGGCGCCAAGGAGGAACUCGAAGACGGCGAGCUGGCCAUGGACACAGCCCCCGCUCCUGACCUCGGCAUUGAUCACAGUGCUGCAAUGGUGGCGGCUCAACGGGCUAUGAAGAACCUGUUUGGAGAGGACGAGAAGGAGCUGUCUGAGGAGAGCGAUGUCAUUCCCACGCUGGAGCCGCUGCCCUCACACGAGGCACCCGGACAUCAGUCGGUGUUCAUCAACGAGCCCCGGCUGUCCGACUUUAAGCAGGUCCUUCUCAGGGAGGGCAUCCAGGCUGAGUUUGUGGGUGGAGUGCUGGUCUGCAACAACCUGGUGGCUGUCCGCAGGACGGAGGCAGGACGCAUCGGCCUGGAAGGCUGCCUGUGCGACGACUACUAUAAGAUCCGGGAGCUGCUGUAUCAGCAGUAUGCUGUAGUAUAGCAGCAGCAGACACCACAGAGACCGUUCUUAUGAGGACUUUACCCGGAGGACAUGUCUGUCCCCCACACCCUCGGGUACCUCCAGCUGUGUCCCCACUACAUUUAUUGUACAGUUUCACUUUUUUAUACCAUUCUCUACUGCUAGGUGACCUUGGGAAUUGGCUGUUUUUUCUUUUACGCUCAGAUUGACCUCUGUAUAUGAUAAGCGAUACGUUCCCACUUCAUUUUGACAUUAAACAUACAAUAAUUUUUUCCUAAUCUGACAUUCUGUAGUUGUGUUAGAUGCACAAACAAUAGUUUGCCAGUAAAAGCCACAUAACAAGUACUCUAUAUACCAGGGGUUGGGGAAGUUUUGACCUCAAGGACCACGUUUAAAAUGGUCAGAUUGGACCGGUCAUUUAUAAAUUAGUUAAAAAAAAAAAAAAUUUGAUCAAGUUGUAAUCCAGUCUCAAUUUUGAAUUGUAUUAUUUACUGUAUAAAUAAUGUAAUCAUAAUUGAUUAACUGAUUAUUUAGUCAAAUAAUACAAGUUGAAUUAUAAAACUGUAUUAUUUAUAGUUCAUUUAAUUAAUAAUAAUUAAUAAAUAGGGACCAGGCCUGACAGAAAAUGGCAAAAAUCUGGCUCAUAAUUGACACUCAUAAUUGCUCAAAAAAGCGCAAAUAAGCGGGAAAUUGGGAAAACAAACCAGUGAAUAAGAGCGGAUUUCCGCAAAUAAUGGGGGAUAGCCCCCCCAGAAAAAAAUUAGCAGCAAGUAGGUGAGUGCGAAAGCUGGACCGUGAAUAUGCUGUGCAUUCAUUUGAAUUAAAAAUUUUAGGGAAAUUAAUGUAACAAAAUACGACAGGACUUUCGAUAAUGUAAAUGCUCGGUGAGCUUGAUUUAAGAAUGGAGUGGACCAUAAGUGGCCCGCAGGCCACAAUUUUCCCACCCCUGCUAUAUGCAGAUUUAUGCCUCUUUUAACUGCACAGUAAUUUCUUGACUCGACCCUUUCUUGAUGCUUUUCUUUUUUACUAUUUUUUUUUAUUGUUGAUUUUCCAUUGGGCAAACCAGGUACAGGGAGUCCUUGUUUUACCAACAUUUACCCAGAUUUGAGAUUCUGAAGCUUUGAUUUUGAUUGUUAUAUAUGUAUGGCCCUACAAGUGUUUUUCCAUACAAAUAUUUACUGUAAUUAUGAUUUUAGUACUGCAUUAGCAUAGGUUAGUGAUAGACUAUGGUGCACUUUGGUGCGCUGGUUUAACAUACAAAUGUAGGUUAUUUCCCCCCCAUAGGAAUGGAACUCUGCCCUAAACCAAGGACCCCCUAUAUUCUAUAGACUAAAGUAUAUUGCACUAGACGGGAUUCCAAGUGUGCUGAGUUGAUACCAUAUGGGUGAUGGAAACCUCUGCUGGUUGCUCAUCAUUAGUCGAUCAGAUUUAACAUUUUAACAUUUGAGGAUGCAUGGAUAGAAAAACAGCUGGGGUUUGAAUGUUCUCCACUUUCUUUCACAGGUUAUCACCGGGGACUCCCACAUUACAAAAACAUGCAUGUUAGGUUAAUUGAAUACUUUUAAGUUGUGUAUGAGUGUGAAUGUGAGUUUAAAUUUCACCCACAAUCAGCUGGCAUCGGCUCCAGCUCACCCGUGACCCGUAUGAUGACAAGGCCUGUAUAAAAAUGGAUAGAUGGAUUGAUGGCUUGCCUGUAUUGCGCUACCGCAGCCUUGUACUUCCCAGACUAUACUUUGAUGCAGCUAAUCGAAUUGUCUCCUUACCACGGUCAUCAACCACAUGCUGAGAAGUAAAUAAAGGACAACCCUAUUCUCCACUGCA